UGUGUGGUGUGGGACGCCGCGCUGGUGCUCGCCAAGUUCCUGGAGACCGGCGCCUGCCCCCUCGCCCGCCGCCACGUCCUGGAGCUGGGAGCGGGCACCGGCGCCGUCGGCAUCAUGGCAGCCACGCUGGGGGCCAAUGUGACGGUCACAGACCUGGAGGAGCUGCAGGAGCUGUUGAUGGUUAAUAUUGAGAACAACAAGCACCUGGUCACAGGGUCCGUCCGAGCCAAGGUACUGAAAUGGGGUGAAGAUGUAACAGAAUUUCAGCCUCCCCCUGAUUAUAUACUCAUGGCUGAUUGCAUUUACUAUGAGGAGUCCUUGGAGCCCUUGCUGAAGACCCUGAAGGACCUGACAGGCCCUGACACUUGUGUCCUGUGCUGCUAUGAACAGAGGACUAUGGGGAAGAACCCUGAAAUUGAGAGAAAAUACUUUGAACUGCUUCAGCGAGACUUUGAGCUGGAAAAAAUUCCCCUGGAGAGGCACGACGAGGAGUAUCGGAGUGAAGACAUCCACAUUGUGAACAUCCACAGGAAGCGGACGAAGUUCCCAUCAUGAGAUCUUUGAGCGCAGGAUCUGUCCCCUGGCAGAGCUCUGGAGAAGAGGGGCUGGGAUAACAGCACACAGGGACUGUCUGCGGUGCGCUUGUGACUCAUGUGCACCGAGCGGCUUCUCGGACUCGGCAGCCGAGGUGUGUGACAGCGCCUUCCGGCAGGACAGCGGUGGGCUGGCGGCGUGUGCGGCCCGGGGAGGCGGGGAAUGGAGCGGGGCCGCCCCGGGGCAGCGCGGGGAGCGUGAGCUGGUGCGAGCCCGCCCGAGGGCACCGCGCUGAAACCUCCGAGAGGACGGGAAAACCGCGAGCGGCUCGACCGGCCGGUCAAUAAAACUUUGGCACGGGAGAUGGGUUUCAGAUGGUGGGUUCUUCAUUCAUCCUGUGGUUCCUGUGUCAUUCCCAGAGCAUCUGGGAGAUUCCUUCCUUCCUGGGAGGCUCAUUCCAGGAGCUGGCGCUGUCGCGGUUCCUGCACAGAUAAAACGUGCCUGUGCAAAAUC